AUGGAUCGGGAUGGUGCAAAUUGGGGUUCUGCUGGCAAUAUAGGCCUGGAUGCAUUAUAUAAAUCAGAUACUCUUAGAUACCCAAUACAACAUGGAUUAAUUGUAAAUAUUGAUGAUUUGGAAAAAUUCAGACAAUAUUGUUUCAAAGAUUUAAUGUGUAUUGAACCAUCUCAACAUCCAAUCCUUUUGACAGAGUCACCUGACAAUUCAAAGGUUGGUCGUGAAAAAGAGGCUGAAAUGAUGUUUGAGAAAUUUAAAUGUCCCCAACUGUCAUUUGCUCAACAGUCUACUUUAUCACUUUACGCAGCUGUCCCAAUCAACGAGGGUAAAGACAUACCAAAAGCAAGCACUAGAUUGGAUUUUGGAGGUGAUCAUCUGACUAGAUACCUUUUAGAGUUGCUCAAACAAGAUGGUCUUUCUUUAAAUGUAUCUAGUCGUGAUCGUCAAAUCGUUAGAGAUAUCAAAGAGAAACUUGUCUAUGUGUCUCUCACUACUGACAAAGAUAAAGACACACAAUCAUAUGAACUACCCGAUGGACAAUUGGUAAAUAUCAGUCAUCAAUUAUUAUCCAAUUGUGGUGAAGCUCUAUUCAAUCCUCAAUUGAUGGGUCGCCCAGACACUAGUUUUCAAGUUGGUAUUCGUGAUUCAAUUAAAAAGUGUGACAAAGAUAUACAAAGUGAGAUAUCAAAAGUUGUAUUUUGUGGAGCAACAACAAUGAUGAAAGGAUUUGAAGAAAGAGUAAAGAAAGAGUUUGUGGGUGGACCAUCCAAUUCAAACAUACAAAUAUUCUGUCUUGAAAACCGUCAACAUUUGGCAUGGGAUGGAGGUUGCCAGAUUGCAGAGUCAUCAUUAGCUGACCAACUUUGGAUCAAUAAAAGUGAAUAUGAUGAUCAAGGAGCAAGAAGGAGUAGAGUAAAACACAAGAAAUACAGUAUCUUUAUAAGCACAUCAGCUGAAACCCAAUUCAAUCAUCAAAUAGAUUUAAUUUAA